CUCCACAGUCUUCAGUCCCCAGUCUACAGUCUUCAGUCUUCAAUCUUCAGUCUUGAGAGGCAAUCUGCAGUCCGCCGUCUAAUUUCACAGUCAUCAAGGCGCGGUAUCAAGCCGCGUAGAAAGCGAGAGUCUCGAUUACAGUUUAGUUGCGCCUGCGCAGUCAUCGCGGCCCGUGGAAAAUCGCCAUCAAGGUGAAUUACCCCAACCGGAGACGCCCACGCCCCCCAGUAAAUGUGUCAAGCGAAAUUGGAUCGGCGGUUGAAGAUGGAUGUAUCUCACGAAUACAUCAAUUAAACGGCUAAGGCGAUUGCGAUAGGUGCAAAAAAUGAGAUGCAUGUGGGUCUGCAGACACUGAAUUGGAUUUACCUAAAUUAUUUUGUUAGACUUGUCAGUUGGCUUGUUCUACCGCAUAUCCGAGAGUCAGGUUCCCAUGGAGCAGAUUUCUACAGUUCACAUUCGUUGGAAACACGGGUUAACAAACCUUUUAGCAAGUUUUCUUGACUACCUCCGCGCCAAAGCUGUUUAUGUGGCUGCCACUCGACACACAUUUGGAAUAUAAGCGGCGACAUAUAGGUGUUUUAUUUACUUACAAAAACGAUAAGAUAGGAAUACGAAAAAUAGCUCUAUCGGCGCGCAUUUACUCGACGACUUUGCCGCUUUCGAUUGCGUUUAAUUGCAUCAAAAUUUAUUUAUAAUUUGGAGCGUAAACAAGCGAUUCAUGGUCAAUCGGAUCGGUUGGACCCCAAAUGUGUCCGCUCAAUGGGCCCCACAAGUGUCAUCCACACAACGGAGGGAAAAGCGAGCCACAAUUUGGAUUAUCGUCUGAUUUAUUGGGUCUGGGACGCACUUUCAAAACCAAAGUCUCUUGCAUUGAGUAUCUAUGUCUGCGUCCGAAGGCGACACAAAGUAUUUCCAUUUCAAAAUGCAGCCAAUGGUCAGCGGAUUUCGUAACUCGAAUGCAAACUGCACAGGUGGACAAGUUUAGGAGAGGCCCAAAAAAUAAAAACACAAAUACGAAAUACAAAAUACAAAAUAGCCCACCGCAUUUGGGUCUCUGAAAUUUGGUUCAGGUUCGUCGUCGUGCUUAUGUCAUUUGUUGUCAUUAUGAAAAAAUUAUUAUAUUAAUUGUGUCCCAAAACUGGAGCGUCAACAAUAGCUGGCAAUUAAAUUUGGGUCUAUGAUGUGUCAAAAAAAUAUAAGCCAACGCGGAAACCUAAAAGCACGUGGUGUGGUCCCCUGGAAAACAUAAACUAUUACUGCCGCUUUAUAAUAUUAUAAUAAAUGCAUUUCAGACAGCUACCUAAUCCGAAAUAAACAUAAUAUAUGGUCUCGAA